AUGGGCGGUUUUUCCAAGGUCAUCCGUGGUGUUCAUAUCACUCGACACAUGACAAAGAUGAAUAUACUAGAGAGGCUCAAAGAAAACCCUACUGAUAUAUUCAGUCUUGCCUUAAAUACUAGCACAAAUGAUGAAAUCAAUCAAAUAACGAAGUCGCUCUUAGACCCAAUAGCGAAAGAUCAUUCUGUGCUCGACGAAAUAUAUACAGAGGGCCUUGACUCCACUCAGGUAUGGGGUCAGGUGCAAAUGAUUCUUCUGAAUGUGGGUGAGACAUAUCUUUUUAACGAAAUACCUAAACUCAAGGAAGUUUAUGGUCUUGUCCCCAACGAAUCCGACAGCGAUGAUGAAAGUGAAGUGCCUGAAAGUGAAAUUGAUGAUAGUGCCCUGGAAGAUGCAGAUGACAAGACGUCUGAAAAACAUGGAAAGGAUGAAAAAAAAGAUGAAGAUGAGGAUGAUGAUGAAGAUGAGGAUGAUGAUGAGGAUGAGGACGAAGUAUUCCAUCUGUUGGAUGAGUUUGAGGAUGACCCUGUUCAAACUGAAACUCCUCUGGACGCAGAAUCAGAAGAGACAAAGGUGCCUUCUGAUAAUGAAUCUGCUGGUCCAGCCAAGGAUGCUUUCGGUCUCAAUGAUGGGUUUUUUGAUAUUGAUCAAUUCAAUAAGCAAAUCGUAGCUCUUGAGGAUGACGAAGUUCAAAAUGACGAGGAAGAAGUUGACUUGUUUGCUGAUAUGAGUGAUUCGGAAGAUGGUGAGAACGAACAAGAUAUGGACUACUAUGACGAGUUCUUCGACAAGCCAGGACACAACAAGCCCAUAAUUAACAAGAUAUCACACAGCGAUAAAGAUAUCAAUGUCAAUGAAAGCGAUGAAAUAGCAGAAAACGAGUAUGAACAUGCAGUGAGUGAUGCUAUGCUUGAUCUUUUUGCGGAAACUACCGAGGAUAAAUCGAGUACUUCCAAAAACUUAUCUUCGUUCGAGAAGCAACAGCAAAAGCUCCAAGCGGAAAUAUCUCAGCUCGAAGCUGAGUUGGUGGCAGAAAAAAAGUGGACUAUGAAAGGUGAAGUAAAGUCUGGUGAUCGUCCUGCUGAUUCUCUCUUGAAUGAUGAUGAAGCUCCUAACUUGGAGUUUGACCGUACAUCAAAGCCUGUACCUGUCAUUACGGAUGAAGUAACAGAAACAAUCGAGGACUUGAUUAAAAGAAGAAUCAGAAAUGAUGAAUUCGAUGAUUUACCACGAAGGCUCAUCACGGAUGUUGGAAAAUUCGUUCAGAAAAAGAAAACAGAAGUCUCUGAUCAAAAAAGUGCUAAAUCAUUGGCAGAUAUUUACGAGGACGAAUUUCAUGGUGUAGAGCCCGAGGACAAGAUUUCAGAAGAAGUUCAGAGUUCGCACCAGGAGAUCACUGAUUUGUUCACAAAGCUUAAUUAUAAGCUUGAUUCAUUGUGUCUGGCUCAUUACAUUCCAAAGCCUAAUGAAUUCAAAAGCAUUGAAAUUAAAGUAUCUGAUGCCCCGGCUUCCAUUUCUAUGGAGGAUGCUCAACCUUUGCAUAUCUCUGAGGAGGUCAAGCUAGCCCCUCAAGAGAUCUAUAGGAUCGGGGAUGAUAAGCCAAAGGCUGACGGUGCACGCGGAAAUUCCCAAGUGCAAUUGAAAUCUGGCUUGUCCUACUCAAAGGACGAACUUGAUCACGAAGACAAGGUAAGAUUGAGAAGAGCCAAGAAGAGAGCUAAGUCUAAGCACUUCAACGAGCUAAAGGAAGUAAGAGAACAGAGAGAGAAACAGAACCCUAAGGUUGAGAAGGAAGGAGACAGAAAGAGACAAAGAGUUGGAGAUGUUGUGGACACAUUGACGAAAGCUAAGAACUUAACCGUGAUUGACAAGAAGGGACAUCUUCGUGAUGUUAAGGGUAAUCUCAAGAAGUCAUCAGGUGCGCAAACCUCGAAUGACUUCAGAUUAUAG